AGGAUGCUGGGAAUGUGUCGCGGGCGCAGGAAGUUCCUCGCUGCCUCCCUCGCCCUGCUCUUCAUCCCUGCACUCACCUGGCUGUACCUCUCUGCUGGCAACUUCCAAGUGAAGCCCCUCCCCCUGUCGCCCCUGUUGCCUCAGUUGUCCACGUUGACGGCCAGGGCCAGGGGCGGGGCCUUGGGAGGGGGUGUGUCUAGGGAGGCGUUGGAGCUGAGGGUCCGUGAGGUCGAAGAGGAGAACCAGCUUCUCCGCCGUGAACUCAGCCGACCCCCCCGUAGCCCUGCUGGCCCUGGUUCCCAUCACGCCAAUCACCACGGCAACCAGAGCAAGACCCACUCGGAGGAGGGAACAGGGGACAACGAGGCGGGGCUUAAAGCUGGCUCCACGGGCAACAGGUCAGACUGUGUGCAGCAACCACCGGUAGACAAGUGUGAGACCAUUCACGUGGCCAUCGUGUGCGCCGGGUACAACGCCAGUCGUGAUGUGGUGACACUCGUCAAGUCUGUCCUCUUUCACAGACGGAACCCUCUCCACUUCCACAUCAUAACAGACUCUACUGCCCAGCAGAUCCUAGCGUCUCUGUUCCAUACCUGGAUGGUCCCUGCAGUCAGGGUAGACUUCUACGAUGCAGACGAACUCAAGGCUGAGGUGUCAUGGAUCCCCAACAAGCAUUACUCCGGUAUCUACGGUCUGAUGAAGCUGGUGCUCACCAAGACCUUACCCCCAGACCUGCAGAAAGUCAUCGUCCUGGACACAGACAUCACCUUCGCUACAGACAUCGCUGAGCUCUGGGCCGUCUUCCACAAGUUCAAAGGUCAGCAGGUUCUAGGUCUGGUGGAGAACCAGAGUGACUGGUACCUGGGGAACCUGUGGAAGAAUCAUCGUCCCUGGCCCGCCCUGGAGAGGGGCUUCAAUACAGGUGUGAUCUUGCUGCUGCUGGACCGACUGAGGAAGCUGAGGUGGGAACAGAUGUGGAGACUGACGGCAGAGAGAGAACUGAUGAGCAUGUUGUCUACAUCACUGGCUGACCAGGACAUCUUCAACGCCGUGAUCAAACAGAACCCCUUCCUGGUUCACCAGCUGCCCUGCUUCUGGAAUGUUCAGCUCUCAGACCACACCCGCUCGGAGAAGUGCUACAAAGACGUGUCAGACCUCAAGGUGAUCCAUUGGAACUCUCCUAAGAAGCUGAGAGUGAAGAACAAGCAUGUAGAAUUUUUCAGGAACCUCUACCUAACCUUCCUGGAGUACGAUGGAAACCUCCUGAGACGAGAACUCUUCGGCUGCCCCAGCGAGACAGACCACAACAGCGAAAACCUCCAGAAGACUCUGUCAGAGUUGGAUGAAGAUGAUCCGUGUUAUGAGUUCCGUCGGGAGCGUUUCACGGUUCACAGGACUCACCUCUAUUUCCUUCACUACGAGUAUGAACCCAGCCCUGACCACACAGACGUUACACUGGUGGCUCAGCUCUCCAUGGACAGACUCCAGAUGUUGGAGGCUAUCUGUAAACACUGGGAAGGCCCCAUCAGUCUGGCCCUGUAUCUCUCCGACGCUGAGGCUCAGCAGUUCCUGCGCUACACCCAGGGGUCAGAGGUGCUGAUGUCGAGGGGGAACGUGGGCUACCACAUCGUGUACAAGGAGGGUCAGUUCUACCCGGUCAACCUGCUCAGGAACGUAGCCGCGCGACAGGUCAACACGCCCUACAUGUUCCUGUCAGACGUCGACUUCCUGCCCAUGUACGGGCUAUACGAUUACCUCAGGAAGUCUGUGGUGCAGCUGGACAUGGCUAACAAUAAGAAAGCUCUGGUGGUGCCGGCCUUCGAGACGCUCCGUUACCGCCUGGCUUACCCCAAGUCCAAGGCUGAGCUGCUGACACAACUGGACAUGGGGACUCUGUUCACCUUCAGAUACCAUGUCUGGACGAAGGGUCAUGCUCCCACUAACUUUGCUAAGUGGAGGACUGCCACCACGCCCUACAGGGUCCAGUGGGAAGCAGACUUUGAACCCUAUGUGAUGGUGAGAAGGGACAGUCCAGAGUACGACAGACGCUUCGUUGGCUUUGGGUGGAAUAAAGUGUCUCAUGUUAUGGAACUGGACGCCCAGGAGUAUGAGUUUGUGGUUCUGCCCAACGCCUUCAUGAUCCACAUGCCUCACGCCCCCAGCUUCGACAUCACCAAGUUCCGCUCCAACAAGCAGUACCGGGUCUGUUUGAAGACCCUGAAGGAGGAGUUUCAGCAGAACAUGUCUCGACGAUAUGGCUUCGCUGCCCUCAAAUACAUGACUGCAGAGAACAACAGCUAGCCAACGCUGAUGAGCCAGACACUCUGACCCGUUAUUGACUACACUACCCAUAACCCCCCCCUCCUCUAAGGCUGUCUAGGACUACACUACUACCCAGGACCCCUCUGGGCUGGGCAGAGGAGGGGGGAAAGGGCGAUGGAUUCUAAAGGACAGUUGAUAUAGGGAGUCAGGAGUGGACAGAUACUGUCAGUUCGGAGACAGAAUGGAGUUACUAAAGACUCUACCACGAACUCUGACCUUUGUGCCAACCAAUCAUGGGGUUUAAAUGUGUGGUCUGAUUCUUGUGAACUCUCACCUUUAGUUUGGGCUUAUGACCUUUGACCAAACCAGUGUUAACCAACUGAAGGGUAACCGUAAGGUCGUUGUGUCCCAAACAUUGUUUAACCCUCUGAGGAUGGAUGGAGCAGCCUGUCCAGGAGUUGCUGCCUGGUUUCCGGCUGGGUGAGGAAGCUGUUUCUGUGAAGGCUGCAUCAGUACAGGCUGGUUUGGCUUUCUACAGCUCCCUGCUCUUCUCGAACAACAGAACUGGACAUCACUGUGGGUG